UAUUUAUGUAUAUCAGAACGUAUUUUGCUGAUUUUACAUAGGUCUUGACGAAAUUAAACAUUUGAGAUGAUUCUGGCAUGCAUGCAUGCAGAGGGUGGUGACGACGGCCUUGGAGGAAGGGAAGGAGACGAAGGAGGCUCCUACCCCAUUCAGAACAGCACAACCCAGCAGGUCUUUCCCUCUGAGACUUCUUCAGUUCUUCUUAGUGUUCUUGAUCUUCGGACUCUGUGCUUCAAUGGUGAGCAUGUACAUGAUUCGUCACUUUGGAAUUCACAACAAGAACCUCAUGAUGCCUCUAAUACAAUCCUCUAGCUGCUACAAGCCUUGCUUCAAGGAAAAAGCCAGUGUGGAGAGUUGGAUCAGACCUCCUCCAAGUUUACUGCACAGCAUGAAUGAUACAGAGUUGUUUUGGAGGGCUACUUUUGUGCCAGCAAUUAAGGACUACCCUUAUCACAGAGUCCCUAGAAUUGCCUUCAUGUUCUUGACUAAAGGACCCUUGCCUUUGGCAACUAUAUGGGAAAGGUUCUUCAAAGGCCAUGAAGAUCUCUAUUCAAUCUAUGUCCAUUCACCACCUUCUUACAAUGAUGAGUUCUCACCUUCUUCAGCUUUUUACAGGAGACAGAUCCCAAGUCAGCCAACAGAAUGGGGAACCAUGAGCAUGUGUGAUUCAGAAAGAAGACUUCUAGCCAAUGCAAUGCUUGAUCUAUCCAAUGAAUACUUCAUCCUAUUGUCUGAGUCUUGCAUCCCUAUCCAAAACUUCACUACUGUCUACAACUACGUAUCACAGUCACAACACAGUUUCAUGGGUUCAUUUGAUGAACCAGGACCCUAUGGAAGAGGACGCUAUAAUGAACACAUGGCUCCUCUAAUCAAUCUCGAGGACUGGAGAAAAGGGCCUCAGUGGUUUGAAGUUAACAGGGAACUUGCAGUUAGAAUUGUGCAAGACAGAGAUUACUAUCCCAAGUUCAGAGAUUUCUGCAAACCACAUACUUGUUAUGUGGAUGAGCACUAUUUUCAGACCAUGCUUACCAUCAAUACUCCUCAUCUUUUGGCCAACAGAAGCCUUACAUAUGUUGACUGGUCCAGAGGUGGGGCCCAUCCAGUAACCUUCGUAAAGCAGGACAUUGAAGAGGAGUUCUUCAGGAAGAUACUGCAGCAGCAUACUUGCUCCUACAAUGGCCAGCCAUCUUCCCUUUGUUUCUUAUUUGCAAGAAAGUUUGCACCUGAUGCUAUUAAUGCUAUUUUAGAUAUAGCAUCUAAAGCUCUGGGAAUUUGAAAGACCCAAUCCACUAUAGAGAGAGAUCAAAUUAAUAAUGAAAAGAAACUUUGUAAAUGUCUGUGCAUGAUUGAUUUGAAAAGCCUACCUUUGGUAAA